AACAGACAACCGCGUAAAUCCCCACGUUCACUCCCGUUCUACACGAACCGCAUACGCUGAAGCUGGACUCAGAGGAGCAUUUACCGUGUGGGCGUGUGACGAUGUGUGUGUGUACGCUGGCACUUUGACACCAGAACGCACUCUGCGCGCGCUGUUUCCGUUCAGACAGGCAAGCAAGCACGAGAGACUCGUGUCAUUAAAAUCUCGUCUACGGACCCCUCCGUUGGUCGCGCGCGUCAUUACGCCACUACUACAACUCCUGGCGGCGCUGCUGCUGUCUGUCGACCGAACCCCAAAGGCGCACCGAGAACCACGAGAAACGCGCGCGCAAAAAGGUGCGAGAGGGACAGGCCGGCCGCUUGGGGACAAUGGGACCGUCCCCUCGCUGUUAAGCCAAGCAGACGGCGGCAUGACCAAAACGGAGCAGAUCUGAACUUUGACAGGAUCCGCUUUGAUCUGGAUUAAUUGCCACAUCUGACCGGCGUGAAGAAGGGGAGAAGAGCAGAUCAGAUUUUUAUUUUUAUUUUCCACUGUCAGCGUGUCAAGGGGAAAGCUAACGCACACUAUGGCUUGUAGAGACAGUCGACUGGGGACCUGGCAGGUGCUGCUGACCAUCUCCAUGUUCAUCAUCCCUCUGUGUGCACAUAACGGACACCAUUCGCUGGCCAGGCGUCAUCCUCACCACAACCACUCAUCCGUCCACAAGGAGGCCUUGGACACCAGGAUGGUUCUCAGUGAUGACUCAGCAGAGAGAGAGCACCUGAUAGGAGCAGGAAUCGGUGCCAGACUCCCGCUCGGCUCCACCAGGCAUCACCACUCUCACAAACGCCACUACUUGGAUUUUGUAGAGGAGGACCAACACGGGGAGGAGCUUACAGCUGGAGGGGCGGGGCCAGACCAUCCCGGGAACCCGUUAUCUGAUGACGUUAUCACGGUGGCGUUUCACAGUCCAGCGCCAGAUGUUGUGCCCGCCGAUGUCACUCUGGAUUGGGCAAAAACCCCCAAAGCUCAAAAGCAGAGAGGUGGAGAACCUAAUAAAUAUUCCUUGACUGAAUACUACGACUACCUGUCUUCUGACAACGACGUCUCAGCAGUAGACACGACCCCAGAACCCGAACCCACCCCUUCACCGCCACCCGACAUGGAGGAUGAGAAUCCGCUCCUGGCAGGUUCUCCGGUGAUCCGCAAAAACUCAAGGCCAAACACCAGUGGUGGGUCAUCUUUGCCAGCUCCUCCUAUGCAGGGACCAGACAACAACAACGGAAUGGGUGUAGGUGGGGCUGUGGGUGCAGAUGGCUGCAGGCUGGGCUUUGUGCUGUCCGGACCAGGAGUUUGUGUUUCUCAGUGUGACAUUGAGCCAAACUUUUGCUUCAAUGGAGGGCUGUGCACCGUGGUGGCAGGAAUGGGUGCCUUCUGCAGGUGUAACAUACAGGACUACAUCUGGAAUAAAGGCCUGCGCUGCGAAUGGGCCGUCACAGAGUUCCAGGUGCUGUGCGUUGUGGUGGCCGUGGCCUGUUUCGUCUUCCUCCUGCUCUUCAUGAUCAUCGUGUUUUUCGCCAAGAGCCUGUACCGCCUCAAAAACGAGAACAUGCGCCUUCGCAAACGCAGUAAGUACCGCCCCCAGAGCAGCGAGCCGCAGACGGACGGCCUCUCGGUUUCGACGACAGCUGACGGGUCGCAGCCAAAUGUAAGGAAACUGUGUGACACCCCUCCGCCUGCCCCCCAAGCUCAUACUCACAACCUGGCGUACUAUGACAACAUUAUCUGUCAGAGGCCAUCAACCACCAGCAAUCCCUGGGAUUAUAGCCACAAAAAGCCUUAUAACCACCUCCAGGAUGAGCCACAGAAGAAGGAGAACCAAGCCAAAUCCCCCCAGCCUAAGGAGGAGGGGUCCAUGAACAUCCUGAACUCCCACUCCCCCAAGCACGAGAACAACCGCCCCGCCUCUGUGGUCCACGGCCACACCCCCAACAACACGGAGGAAAACACAGAGGAUGGAGUCACCAUUGGCCUAGAAGUGCUACUACCCAAAGAGGCCAAGCUGCACCAGGAGGUCAGCCCACCACUUCAGUACGAUGUCUUCCUCUACAAAGUUGCCAACAAUGGAGACUCCACCUCUCAUGGCCAAGGAGCUCCCUCUAACUCCUCCGUCUCUCAACCCGUUCCUAAAUCUCCCAAAACACCCAAAUCACCUAAACUCUCUGCGUCUGGGAGGCACUCCUCACCCAGCCGUCACUCCUUAUCUGGUCGCCACCCAUCACCCAGUCGUCACCCGGCACCUGGGUGUCAUUCCUCCCCCACCUGUCACCCUAACUCCCCCCACGCUUCCUCCCAACAGAAAUGUCUUCCAGGCCCCUCCGCUACCCCUCCUCAGCAGCGCAGCCCCCGAGGUGGACCGCCCAACUCGGAGCGCUCUGCGCGGUGGAGAGACCACCAGAGCGGACCCAUCCACUCAUCUCCCUCUUCACCUCAUCUCACCCAGCUGCCUCCAUCACCAUCCAGAGCAAAGUGCAGCGCAGUCAGCACCCGCUCUCUGCCGCCUCUCUCCUGACCAAAUGUUUCCUCUGCCCACCCACCCCAACAACUGCACACACAAACAAUAUGUCUUAAUCCAAUCUGUGUGGUCCAGUUUUGUACUAGCUUUUGGUAGAUAUUUCUUCAAAAACUACCCAUCUGUGCGCUCUCAACUCACACAUUUAUUACUCAGAGGAAAACGAACCGCACCAGGUUCACCGGACCGGAGCUGGAAGCGCUAGAAUUCAACAUGGACGCACAGAACUACAAAGGCAAAUCAUUCUGUUGUCACUGCAGCCUUAGAAUAUUAUCUUUGAUGUAAAUAACAAGCUUCAUAAACUCAGGUUUAAGACGCACCUCAGAUGCAAGUCCCGUAGCGCGGUGCCAACGUCAGCAGAAACUGAGGGCGUAGCUCAGAAAUAAAAACCUUAAUACUGUUAUCAUUGUUUUAUAUGAAUCUAUUUGCUAAAAUUUCUGUUUUUGUUUUCACGUUUCUCAUCUUAAAUAAAUAAUAGAAAACAACAAGCCGUUGUGUUGUUUU